AUGGGUUUCUUCCACCACGAGUCUGACGAGGCCCAGGCGUACGACCAGGUUGUCAACGCUCCCCACAAGGCUGAGCUCUCCCACGAGCUCAUUGCUGCCGCUGCUUCCUACGAGCCGGGUAUUCAUUUUUCUCCUUUCAAGGCUGCCAAGGCCUACGAGAAGCACGUUGCGGCAAACGGCGCUCCCGAUAGCCACGCCAAGGCGAAGGAGCUCCUCGCUGGCUUCGCUGGUGCUUUCGUCGACCGCAUCGUCGAGACCAAGGGCCUUGACUUCGUCGAUCGUGAGCGCGCCAAGCACGAGUCCCAGCAGAAGGUCACGGAGGUCGUCACCGAGGAGACUUACAACAACUUCUAA